GCUAGAUCUGCCCUGAUUCACUCACACACACCACAGCCACAUGAAUGAGAGUCGAGCGAGAGAAAGAGAGAGAAAGAGACAGGGAGAAAAUUAGGGUGAAAUUGACAAGUAGAAAGAGAUAUGAAGAAAAGAGUGGGAGAAAAAGAGAAGGGGAUAGAGAAAGAGGGGGAGACCGUGAGUACCACGAGGAGAAAGAGAGAUAGAGAAACAGAGGGAGUUUCAGUGUGUUGGAGAAUAAGAGAGCUAGAGCGUUUCAGGAGUGUGUGUGAGUGAAUGUUAAAGAGUGCAAGAUAAUUAUGUGAUAGAGAGGGAAAGGGAGACAGAGACGCUGUGAAAAGGGGAGUGAGGAAAAAAUGAAUUGCAGAUUGAGGGACCUUCUCUCCUUCUCCCUCCCUCUUUUAUCUAUCUCAUCUGAAACCACGCCUCCCUCCUUUCACUUGUGUGUGCAUCUAUAACAGCAGGCUUUCAACGUCGGGCUAUGUGGGGGUUAGACUCUCAGACUGCCAGCAGAGCGGAUACUAGGGCACAGGACAGGAGUGUGUCCAGGACUGGUCAGAGCAGGUGUGUGUGUGAACUGACGGACGGAGCUUUGUGUGCAUCCUACGUGUGUCGCCUCACUCACUCCAACCAGGGACAUCGCUACUGAGGAACACAGCUGGGAGGUGGAGUGAGGGAGCUGCGACAGCAGCAGAGUGCCCCGUGCUACAGUGAAAAGGAGGUGAAGAACACAGGGUAGAGCCAUGGCAGGAUGGGGCCUCCUUCUCCUCCUCCUCCUGUGGGUGGUCUCCCUGGCCCAGGGCUCGUCCUUGCUCUCUGGUCAGCGCCACAGGACCCGUCUGCAGAGGGACCGUCAAGCACGCAACAACGUCCGACCCAACAUAAUCAUCAUCCUCACCGAUGACCAGGACAUCGAACUGGGCUCAAUGCAGGCCAUGAAUAAGACACGGCGUAUCAUGGAACAGGGAGGCACCCAUUUCUCUAAUGCCUUCUCCACCACUCCCAUGUGCUGCCCGUCACGCUCCUCUAUUCUGACAGGGAAGUACGUUCACAACCACCACACCUUCACCAACAACGAGAACUGUUCCUCACCCUCCUGGCAGGCCCACCAUGAGCCUCACACCUUCGCUGUGCACCUUAACAACUCAGGGUACAGGACGGCGUUAUUUGGGAAGUACCUGAAUGAGUACAACGGCUCCUAUGUGCCCCCUGGCUGGAGGGAGUGGGUAGCACUGGUGAAGAACUCUCGCUUCUACAACUACACCCUGUGCAGGAACAGCGUGCGGGAGAAGCAUGGCAGCCAAUAUCCAAAGGACUAUCUCACAGACAUCAUCACCAAUGACAGCAUCAACUACUUCCGCUUGUCCAAGAGGAUGUACCCCCACCGACCAGUGAUGAUGGUCCUGAGCCACGCUGCCCCACAUGGGCCAGAAGACUCAGCACCACAGUACAGCACUGCCUUCCCCAACGCCUCACAGCACAUAACCCCAAGCUAUAACUACGCUCCUAACCCAGACAAGCAUUGGAUCCUGCGCUACACAGGCCCCAUGAAACCUGUCCACAUGCAGUUCACCAACAUGCUGCAGCGCCGGAGGAUGCAGACCCUGCUGUCUGUGGACGACAGUGUGGACAAGGUGUACAACAUGCUGGUGGAGACAGGUGAGUUGGACAACACCUACAUUAUCUACACAUCAGACCACGGCUACCAUAUUGGUCAGUUCGGCCUGGUCAAAGGCAAGUCCAUGCCAUAUGAGUUUGACAUCCGGGUGCCCUUCUUCAUACGAGGCCCCAACGUGGAGGCAGGAGCCAUUAACCUUCAUGUGGUGCUGAACAUUGACCUGGCUCCCACACUGUUGGACAUGGCCGGAGUGGACGUUCCCUCUGACAUGGACGGCAAAUCCAUCCUCAAACUCCUGGACACAGACAAACCUGUCAACAGGUUCCAGGUGAACAAGAAGGGGAAGAUGUGGAGGGACUCCUUCCUGGUAGAGAGAGGGAAGCUGCUCCACAAGAGGUCUGAUGGGAAGGACGUGGCCCAGGAGGAGAACUUCCUGCCAAAGUACCAGCGGGUCAAAGACCUGUGUCAGAGAGCAGAGUACCAGAGCUCCUGUGAACAGCCAGGACAGAAGUGGCAGUGUGUGGAGGACCCUUCUGGUAAGCUGAGUCUGUAUAAGUGUAAGGGCAUGGCAAGUCUCUAUGCCUCACGUAUGCAGGCUCUGAUGGCCAACAGCGGGUCCCAGCAGUGGGUUGGACGUGUCUCCGAUGCUGGAGACAGCUGUGACUGUGGCCUCCUAGGCCCCAAACGUACACCCCUGAAGAGGAAGAGACUGCUCACCAAGAAGAAGGUAAAGUCCGGUAAGAGUCUGACUAAGAACCGUUGGGCCCGGUCCGUUCCAUUUGAGCUGGAUGGAGACAUGUAUGCUGUGGACCUGGUUGAGGGUUACAGGCCCGUGGGCCUCAGGAACACCAGCUGGCCUGGGGAGAGGAGGAGAGGAGCGGGCCUGCUAGAGGACAACGAUGAGGAGUUCAGUGGCAUGGGAGUCACAGCCAGACCCCCAACCAACAAGAGCCUUACACCAACUGCCGCUCUUAAAGUCACCUACAGGUGCUCCAUCCUGAUGAAUGACACAGUCAGGUGUGAUGGAGGACUCUACAAAUCCCUCCAGGCCUGGAAAGACCAUAAGCUCCACAUCGAGCACGAGAUUGAAACCUUGCAGACGAAAAUAAAGAAUCUGCGUGAGGUCAAGGGUCACCUGAAGAACGUUCGGCCUGAAGAGUGCCAGUGUAACACCCCCAGUUACCUGUCCAAAAACAAAGGGACGUUCAGACUCAAUGCAGGUCGCAUUUACUCACUCAGCAAAAUGCCCUCUAAGCAGAAGAAGCAGUGGCUGAUGAAGGAGCAGAAACGCAGGAAGAAGCUCCGUAAACUGCUCAAGAGGCUCCGUAACAACGACACCUGCAGCAUGCCUGGUCUCACCUGCUUCACCCACGACAACCAGCACUGGCAGACAGCCCCCUUCUGGACAAUGGGUCCAUUCUGUGCUUGUACCAGCGCAAACAACAACACCUACUGGUGCCUGAGGACCAUCAAUGACACACACAACUUCAUAUUCUGCGAGUUCGCUACGGGCUUCAUAGAGUACUUUGAUCUGAACAAUGACCCAUACCAGUUGAUAAAUGGGGUUAGCACCUUGGACCGCACUGCCCUCAACCAGAUGCACCAGCAGCUUAUGGAACUGAGGAGCUGCAAAGGCCACAAGCAAUGCAACCCAGAGACAGGUAGUAAAGACAUAAACUCCUUCAGUGAAUACAGGCCAGUUCAGCGUCGAAAGAAGCCAAAAGUGAAGAAGCCCUCCUCCAAAUCGCUAGGGCAGAUUUGGGAAGGAUGGGUUGGUUAGCAACCUGUGUCGCACAAUCCACCACAUCGCAGUGUGCCAACAGAGGACGACCAGAACUACUGGAGAACCUGAGGACCUUGUACAGACUUCAUGGGAAUGUAACCUGAAAUACCAUUAUUGUAGGAGUUUAUGGAAGAGGAUGCUGAUCCAACAUUAGCUACCACUGAUACUCAGAUCAUCACCCAGAAGAGAAAAUACUGACAGCCAAGAAAAUGAAAACUAUAUCCUCUCCCGUCUUCUUUCUCUGUCUCACACACACACACAUUCACAUCGGCACACACUCACACAGGAAUGUUCUUACCUCUCCUAUCUCCCCAGAUCUCAGGACCACCAACCUGAGUUGGCGACUCAUCAGCUGAGCGUGGAUACACUCUGAACCUUUUCUUUGACUUUCAACAACCGCGCUUAGUGAACAGUGAAUGUGAGGUGUGUUUAAUAUUAGUUUCUUGUAAACGCCUUAACAUUGGGUGCCGAGAUUAGCUUAAUGUCAACUCUGCUGCUACAACCUGAUGUGUAUCAUCCCUUAUGGCCUUGUGCCAUUAGUAUAUGGUAUAUGAUGUCAGGCAAUUACAUCAAGUCAAGCUUUGCACACUCACAGCAUGAAAAGUACUGUCAACAAAACGUCAGUAUGCCUGGAAACUCUCCUCAAGGCCCACAACUCAAGACUCCUCACCUCCUUUUGUUGGUGCUACGGCUACAGAAUGAGUCCCCCAGGACAUGUACUCCAUUCUUUUGUAUUGUAACUAAUAUUAACGUUGAUCAAAUUUCAUGCAAGGAUUAUUUACAGCCCCCAAGAAUGAGGCAGGUGUGAGGAUGACAACACACCAGACUGUAUGGGGAUGAAGCUGGUUAGGAUAUGACACAUUACAUCACCACCUAACUUAUCCCCCCUAGUUCACUUCAAAUUCAGGAUGGGACUUCUCUAACCAAUACCCCACCCUCCUAGACAAUGGUACAAACAAUUGGUAUAAACAUCUUCACACCAGCAGAAUGCUUACAUUUCAUUAGUGGAUGUAAUUUUACUCCUUUGUAUUGCUAAUGCCACCAGCUAGGUCUGGUCAGGUUAGUUUGUUCAGCUUGCUAUACAUGGUGCUAUGAUAACAUUGCGAAAAUAAAGACUUGCUGUACAGUAUGUAUUUGAAUGUAUGUUGUGCAGUUAAUUUUUUAUAAUACUGAAAAGGAGGCAGACUUCUCUUGUGUUCGAUUUGAGUUGACAAAUAUGACCUUUUAGAUAAGAACGUAGCCUGAUGAAUUGUCCUAGUUCUGUAUUUGUCCAUUUGUUCUCUGCACAUCUUUCUGAAUUUCUUUUCUGCUCUGUCAAAACCCACUUUUAGUUUGAAAAAAACAACGUAUUUAUAAGGAAAAAGCACUUAGAAAAUAUUCACUGUGAAAAGAAUUCCCUGUAAAAUGACUCUGCUCGUCUGCUGUACACGAGUAAACAACACAACAAUGUAAUGCAGCUUGACAUGCAUAUUCAUUAUAUUGCCUUUUUUUGCUUUCUUUGUUUCUUAGCAGUGACACUCCCAUAGCAGAGAGUUGUAAUAGUGAGUAACUGUGAAUAAAGUGUUGAUUGCC